AUGAAGUCCGGCUAUUUGGUUGCCUACUUUGUCGCUGUGGCAUUGACUACUAUUGCUACCCAAGGAGAUGCGCAGAAUUCGACAAGUACUCCACCACCCCCUGAGAAUUCGACAAAUCCAGCUCCAGCCCAACAGAGUCUAGUAAGGCCCGUCCUUCCGCACCCACACGGCUGUGAUUGUAGAGGUGAAUGCAAGAAACUUCGUCAUGGUCAAGUUCCGUACAAACUCGGGGUAAGUAAAAAAAAAAAAAAAAAAAAAAACUACUGGCAAGACGUCAAACUUUGAGAUAAACUCUAAAUUUCGAUUUGUAAAAUACUUUAAAAUCAAUUGAAAGUAAUUCCGAACUUCUAACUAAAGACUUUAGUUAAAUGGUAACGCCCUAAGAAUUCGAACGUCCACGCAUUUGUCUCGACAUCAAGAAAUGUACCUAAUAUACACAGAAUGUUGAUAAAAUCACAUACCAAAGGCCUCGUUUCCAUUUUGUCCAGACGCUGAGUCAGUACUACAUACCAUAUUUAAAUGAAGAAAUCAGAGAGGAAAAAAGAAAUUUAACGAAAAUGCCUUCACUUUAGCUUUCACAGAUCUAGAGAAAUGUUAGCAAAAUGCGAAUUUUACAGUCAAAUCGAAGUAACUUUGCAAAGCACGAAAUCAAUUUAUUUUACCAAGGAAAAUACCUAUAUCUUUCUGAUAGGCUCAUUACCCUGACUAGUGUGCUUUCCUUUGACAAUAUCGCUCAACAUAUUUGUAUUUUGCUAACUUCAACGGUACACAAAUGACCUUGUAAGAUACGAUUUUAUUUAAUUAAUUGUUUUAUUUUAUUUUUCAGGACAUACACAACUACCUCAGCUACGAAAAUUAUCCCAUUUUAUGCCGAUCAGCAUCGAGUAAUUAUUACGGUAAACCACCAAAGAAGUAUGUCUGCAAACAAACCUUCGAUUGCUGUCGUUGGUGCAACGCAUUUUUCUACAAAUGCUUGAAGGUUUAC